AGGGCAGGUUUCCCACGGACGCCAAGCCACGUGCCAUGCGCGCGUGGGCAUUGCUGCCAUGGCCAAGCAUCGCUGAGUUCUAUCCACGGGUGCCCUUCGAGACUAAGCACCUGUAUCCGGUUUCCUACUACCUGGACGCACCAUCCGGAACGGUGCGCCUUUGCUACCACAAGGGCGACAUCUCCUUCGAUUUCUGCUGUGAUGAGCGGCAUGGCGAACGAGGAAAUGAGGAUUGCUGGGACAGCAUCGACACCUUUGAGGAGUGCUGUUCAGCGGGGCAGCGGGAGCUGCUGGAGCACUCGGACCCCUGGCCGGCGGAUCGGAUCUUCCACAACGCCCACCUCGCAGUGCAGUUGGACCGGGACCCCGCGUGGUUCUCCUUCGCCUUCCGCGCGUCCUCGGUUUGCCCGGACUUCACGGGCCCGGAGUCGGCCACAAAGGGCCGGGAGGCCAUGCGGGGCAUGCCCGACCUAGUCUUCGACGAGGUCGCGCGGGGCAUCCGCCGGGAUCUGGAAAAGGAGCCCCGGAACCUCUGGACCUUGGUGCGGGAAGCCUGUGGGAUGUCGGUGGUGCUGGCGCUGACGAUCUAUAGCGGCGCGCUGCAGGAGCGGGUGGGGCUGCGGCCGGACCUCGAGGAGCGCCUGCAGCAGGUUUGGGAAGAGUUUCGGGAGGUCUUGAUGGACAUUCUGGAGCGCAUGCGUUUCGUCGAUGCCCUGUUCGAUGUGACCGGCUACCCACUGCUGCCGCCCAAUGAGGUGUUGGAGAUCUGGGAGGGGUGGAUGUCGGUGGCCUUGGACUUCUCGUUGCCUCUGCAGCGGCUGGCGGAGCUGACGCUCCACCGCGCACAAGGGGCCUACUACGCCACCGAGGACUUCUACUUCACGCGCUUGCGGCCCCGGCUGCUGGAGGGCUGUGGGGCGGUCUGCGACAUGUCCCAACACGUGGAGGGCGCUCCUUCCUUUUGGCUGCCCACCUACACGGCGGAGAUCGAUUGCCCCGGCAUUACCGGCAACCGGGUGAUCAGCCAGAGCUCCAGGCUUUGGCCUCCCCUACGGGGCAUGCCCCAAGUCUUCAAGGAGGACUUCGCGGCAGGAGGCGUGAGCUUUUUGGCGCGCUACGAGCUUCCGCGGCGCCAGACCGAGGAGGAAGUGGCCGGCAACUCUACACGGUGCCGCAUGUGGACGGAGGACUCCGUGGAGGAGUUGCGGCGCUUGGUGCGGUCGGUGGGUCGCAAGCCGCUGCGGUGGCCGCGCUUCGGGGACUUCGUGGCCUACGACUCGGAGGAGCUGAACUCCACCGCGCGCUUCGUGGCCUCGGUGAAGGAUGCGAUUCCUUUGCUGGGCCCUGCCUUUGGCGGGCAUUGGCUGGUGCUGGGUUCCUUGUCUCCUUGGAUUGAGGCGAUCUUGUUGGAGUACAAGGUGGCCUCCCGUGUGUCCACGCUGGAGUAUUCGAACCUGUCAGCCUGCCCGGACAGGCAUCCAAAGAUUGCCACCUUGUUGCCGGAGGACUUCAACGGAGCCUAUCUCAGUGAAGAGCGCUUUGACGGCUUUGUGCAGUGGUCCUCCAUCGAGCACAGCGGCUUGGGCAUGUACGGCGAUGAGGUGAACCCCUGGGGGGACCGUCAGAGCCUGGCGCAGCUCUGGUGUCGGGGUAAAGACGGCGCGUUCUUCUUCUUCGGCCCGGGUCCAGAGGGCCCUGGCGGCUCAGUGUGGGGCAGGGAGGCGCACAACGAGAACCGUUCUGGGCGCCAUUCUGGGAGCCUCUUCGAGGAGAAGCUCUACUGGAAUGCAGGCCGCGAUUAUGGCCGGCAGAUGCUGGGGCGCUUGAUGCUGAAUUGGAAGCUGGUGCGCCCGGCGAAUAGCACUUGGCAUUUUCAUGUCUUCCAACGUAUCGCAAAAAUCCGAACUCUGGAAUACAAACGAAAUGUCAAUUGA